AUGUCAAACACAGGGAAUGACCAGUUUGAUCUUAAAGUUGUUAAAGCUCGUAGGAUAAUCGAAUUCCUACAGGACGACCUGAAUUGGCUGAUGCAAGACCAAAGAUCCAUUGAUCAAUUUUUUGGUUUUAACAAAACGAAAAUGAUAUCCCUUCGCAAAGAUCUUACAUUCCUGAUGUCUUUCCUGGAAAGGGUUCAAGAAAAUUCCGUUGGUGACCAUCCAAUUGUUGCAGGUUUGCUCAAUGAGAUUACUUCUUUGGUUGAUCAACUAUUAGAUGGGGUUUACUCUUAUAUACACUAUAGAUAUGGAACCAUAAAAAAUGAUGGCAUCUUUGGCUAUUUUUACUUCAGAUUUUUAAAAGAGGUCUACGUCCUUCGGUUGGCUUCGGGCUCUUUUCUCAUAUGUAUAUUCAGAAAUUUGGCUGAGUUUUCUGGGAUGGGCAUCCUCCAAUAUUCUAGAAUUAGGACCGCCUUCCAUCUGCUGGCUUCUUUCUAUCUAUUCAUCUUUUUUUUCAAAUGUAUUGAUAGAAAUUUGAUUCAGUAUGCUGGGACAGUCUUCCUCCACUAUUCUAGAAAAUUCCUUCAGAAUGCUGGGAUGGGCUUCCUCCAAUCUUUUAUAAAUUUCCCUCAGAAUUCUGGUUAUUACCUUCUGCAUGCUCUUUUGUUUAUUACGCUUCAGUUUUUUUUCAUUCUAUUCCCUUUGGUUUUCAAUUCCGUGAUGCCCUUCCACCAAUAUUAUCGGAAGAUUGGUCCUUUGUUGAAGAAGAUCAAGUCUGUGAAGCAAAAGGUUUUGGUUACUUUCAACGGCAAUGAUGCACCUGAUAAAGCUGGAAAGCCUUCUGUCAAAAUUUCAUUGAUACACAAUCCCAGUUCUUUUAUAAAGGAAAAGAUAGUGGUUGGACUUCAUGAGGAGGCAAGAGAACUGCUACACAAGCUUAUUGGUGGGAGAAAACAAUUGGAAGUGAUUUGCAUCACUGGGAUGGGAGGAAUCGGUAAGACAACUUUGGCACGUAGAUUGUACGAUGAUCCAGCUGUUGUUAAUCAUUUUCAUUUGCGUGCAUGGACAUCGGUUUCUCAGUUCUGUGAAAAAAGAGAGUUAUUCUCUAAUAUUUUAAGUUCCAUCUUGAAUGAAAGUGAUCCAAUAUUUUCCAUGAGUGAUGAGCACAUGGGAGAGAAGUUGUAUAAGUGCCUAAAGGGAAACAGAUAUUUGAUUGUGGUAGAUGACAUUUGGGACAUUGAAGUGUGGAAUGAGAUAAAGGUAUGUUUUCCAGAGGAUGACAAUUGUAGCAGAAUUUUGAUGACUACUCGAAAUGAGGAUGUGGCUUCAAAAGUUAGAAUUAGUAGUAGUCCCCCUCACCGUUUGAGGUUUUUAACUCGUGAUGAAAGUUGGGACCUUUUCAAGCAGAAGGUAUUUCCUGAUAAGAGCUUCCCUGCUGAGUUGGUUGAAAUAGGGAAUCAAAUCGUUGCAGACUGUAAGGGCCUGCCUCUUGCAAUUGUUGUUAUCGGUGGACUUCUUGUGAAGGAGGUCAAGACACAAGAAUGGUGGAGACAGGUUGCUCAAAAUAUAGGAUCUGCUAUUAGUAAUGGCCCAGAGAAUAUCAUGGAUAUACUAGCAUUGAGUUACGAACACUUGCCGUCUUCACUGAAAUCUUGUUUUCUUUAUGCUGGAUCAUUCCCUGAAGAUUAUGAAAUCCCUGUGAAGAGGCUGAUAAGGUCUUGGAUUGCUGAAGGGUUUAUUCAGCACACUGAUGAACAGCAGUUGGAGGAUGUGUUACCUGAAGAAGGCAAAAAGAAUAAGAAGUUGGAAGAUACGGCAGAGGAUCAUCUGAUAGAUCUCAUCAGCAGGAGCCUUCUCAUAGCUGCAAAGAAAAGACCUGAUGGUGGAAUAAAGUCUUGUCGUAUGCAUGAUCUGUUGAGAGAUUUAUGCCACAGGAGGGGUAAGGAAAAGAAGUUUCUGCAGCCCAUUUGCAAGUGUAGACAAAAUGAUGCUCACAGUCUUCGUACUUUUUCUGAUUGUCAAUAUUUCCACUUCCAUAAUUCUCAUUUUGUCAAUCAAGGCAAAGUAUUUAACAAAGAUACAUUGCCAGUAUACAAACUUCUCAAAACACUGGAUAUGAGGCAUAUCAAUCUAAAAUCAUUUCCUGAGAUGGUAGCACGGUUACUUCAUUUGAAGUACUUGGCACUUCGGGUUGACCGCAUUGAGAAGUUACCACCAUCAAUAUUUGAACUCUGGAGGCUUGAGACUUUCAUCCUUGAUGGAGAUAAAGGAGGCAGAGUUACCUUAACUACUGACAUUCUGAAGAUGGUGAACUUGAGACAUUUUCAAAUUUCACAGGAAUUGGUACUUCACCAAUUUUGGAGGGCAUUAUCACCCAUACUGGGUAAGUUGCAAACCAUUUCUCAACUAUGUCCUUUAAAUUCUGUAGAAAACUUGCUUGCAAGCACUCCCAACCUCAGAAAAUUGGGAUUUCAUUUCACAUUAUCUGAGAGAAAUGAAUCCUUUACAUUUCCCAAUCUUUCUGGUUUAAAUCAGCUUGAGGCACUGAAAUUUGAAUAUCAAAUUUUGGGCAUGAUGCCUCUAAGCAUUCCUCAUCCAAAGAUGUUCCCUCCAAGUUUGAAGAAGAUGACACUAAUAGGUAGUCAUUUGAACUGGAAAGAAAUGGCAAUUAUAGGGGAGCUACCUAACUUGGAGGUUCUCAAGAUAAAAGACAAUUUCUUCAGAGGACCAUUGUGGGAAACAAGCGACGAUGGAUUUUGCAGCCUCAAGUUCUUGAAACUCUCGCAUUUGGAUCUUCAAAACUGGAUUUCCUCAAGCAGUCAUUUCCCUAGACUUGAGUGGUUAGUGAUAAAUGGAUGUCUAGAUUUGGAGGUUAUUCCAUUUGAGAUGGGAGAGAUCCCUACACUGCAGAAAAUCGAGGUGUACAAAUCAUCUGAAUCAGCAGUGGAAUCAGCAAGGCAAAUCCAAGAAUCACAGAGAUGCUUCGGUAAUGAUGAUUUCAAGGUCUUUAUAUACCAGCAUUUUCAAGAGUACUCUUAA